AUGGCACCCAAGGGACUUGCGAUUCUGAUCGGCGCGGGGCCUAACACGGGCACUGGAAUCGCGCGCAUUCUCUCGUCGCCCUCGCACGGUAACCUAGCCGUUGCGCUGCUGGCGCGGCGUCCCGAAUCGCUCGAAUCGGUCAUCUCCACUGUUCGUAAGACGUCGCCGGACGCUGUGCUCGAGGCUUUUCCGUCGGACACGUCCAAGGCGGCGAUCGAGAAGGCGUUUCGGGACAUCAAGGCGCACAAGAGCUUCGCGGGUCUGAAGGCGGAGGUGGCGGUGUACAGCGUCAAGCACUCGUCCAAGAAGCCGUUUCUCGAGGAGACAAGGGAGGAGUUUGAGGGCAGCUUGGAGGAGUAUGUUGGUGGUGCUUUUACGUUUGCGCAGGAGAGUAUCAAGAGGUUCUAUGCCGAUCAUGGGGAGAAGGCUCUAGCGGAGGGCGGAGAGAAGAAGGGAACACUCAUCUUCACCGGCACACUCGGUGCGCUGCGGUGCAGUGCGCAGUUCGCUGCCUACGGCGCUGGACGCGCUUCUGUCCGACAGCUGGCGCAGACACUCGCGAGGGAGCUGAGCGAGAAGGGCGUGCAUGUAGUGCAUACCAUCGCCAACGGGGGUAUCGAGGACAAGGACGGCGAGGACCAGAAGAUUGGUAAGAAGAUGAGCGCUGAUGCUGUUGGAGAGACGUAUCUGUGGCUGCAUAACCAGAAGCCGUGCCUGUGGACCCACGAACUCGACAUGCGACCGGCUGCGGAGAAGUUCUAG